GUGGAAGUAAAAAUAUGGCGGCGUAUGUUCAGCAGUAAAAUAAUAGAAACAAAACCUUGACUGACACGUUUGCGACGCUCUCUUGAGGUUAAAGCUGUACUUUCUAGUUGCUUUUAGCCAGUUUUAGGAAACGGAACGGUGAUAUAGAUAUAACGACCCGGUCAACCUGCAUUAGCUGUUCGAGGUUAACAACCAGCUAACAACACCGUCUUUCAUCAGUGGAUCGGCUCUUCAGAGGUCAGUGAAGCAGCAACCUAGCAUUGCCACCAGUAUGCCUGCCUUCCGGCAAGUGGGAGAGAAACAACUUCCCAACCCUGUUCUGUGCAUGGCAUGGUCUCCUAAGAGGGAUCUGAUUGCUUUGGCUAAUACAACAGGAGAGUUGCUGCUUCAUCGCUUGGCUAGUUUCCAGCGGGUUUGGAGUUUACCACCUAGUGAAUAUACUGGGAAAGAGAUCACUGCACUCGCCUGGAGACCUGAUGGCAAAAUUUUGGCCUUCAGUCUUGGAGAUACCAAACAGGUGGUGCUCUGUGAUGUUGAGAAAGCAGAGGUCCUUCACAUGUUUCCAGCACAGAGUUCUGUAACCUGCAUGAACUGGAUGGAGGUGGUGGAGGAGAACAGUGUCCUUGGCUCCUUUCAUAAUGCUGAGGAUGAAUCCAAAUUUUUUCUUCCUGAUUUACCAACACUUCCUAAGAGCUACAGCACCACUUCAAAGAUCUUCAGCGAGGAAAAGUCUGAUGAGAUCCUCAACCUCCUCGGAGAAGUUCGGCUGAACAUCCUCGUUCUUGGAGGAGAUGCUGGAUCUGUGGAGCUUUACGCGUAUGGGAUGUACAAAAUUGCCACUCUUGGCAAGGUGGCAGGAACAUGUCGUAGUCUGAGUCUGUCCAGUGAUCUUAGGUCCCUGUCUCUCAUCACAGAAGUCCAAUCCGCUGACAGCAUCUUGGAGAUCUGCUACGUUCAGCUGGACACAGGUUUGUUGUCAGACUGUCUUCCUGAAGUCACCAGGAUGGCACGCAAGUUCACCCACAUCUCCACCCUGCUGCAGUACCUGCACCUCUCACUCACCUGUAUGUGUGAAGCCUGGGAGGAAAUUCUAAUGCAGAUGGACCUUCGCCUUACUAAGUUUGUUCAGGAAAAGAACACAAGCACCCAGGUUCAGGAUGAGUUUUUGGACCUCCUGCUGUGGGGACAGUCCAGUCCUGAGUUACAGGCUCUCCUCAUGAACCAACUGACUGUCAAAGGCUUGAAAAAGCUUGGACAGUCUAUUGAGUCUUCUUACUCCAGCAUCCAGAAGCUGGUGAUCAGCCACCUGCAGAGUGGCUCUGAGGCUCUGUUGUAUCAGCUGAGCGAGGUGAGAGGAAUGUCCCUGUGGAAGCAAAAGUUUGAGCGCCUCGGUUUGGAUUCAGAAGCUAUUGAUGGUGCGAUAACGGCUGUUGGCUCCUUCUCCCUCAAGGCUAAUGAGCUUCUGCAGGUUAUUGACAAGAGCAUGAAAAACUUCAAAGCCUUUUUUCGAUGGCUUUAUGUAGCAAUGCUGAGAAUGUGCGACGAACACGUGCCGCCAGAGCUAAACAAGAUGACUCAGAAGGACAUUGCCUUUGUUGCUGAUUUCUUAUCGGAGCAUUUCAGCGAGAAUGAGGAACUCUUUGAUCGUAAGGGGAAGUACUUUAAUGUAGAGCGCGUUGGUCAGUACCUGAAGGAUGAAGAUGAGGACCUUGUGUCUCCACCCAACACAAACGGAAACCAGUGGCUGAAGUUCUUACAGGAGAGCACACACCUCAAAGAGAGCCCUUUGCUGUUUCCAUCAUAUCCCCAAAAGUCUUUGCACUUUGUCAAGAGGAUGAUGGAGAGUGUGAUUGAGCUCUGCCUGCAGAAACCUGCAGAAGUCAUUGGAAAAUCAGUAAAACAGGCUGUCUUUUUUCCUUUGUAUGCUGUGCCAGACAACUCGGAAAAGAUUCCGCGACUUUUCCAACUUCCAUCUCUGUGGAAUGACAAAAAAGGCAAAAUGCACUGUGUUGUGUUCUGCAUGCCAGGGAUUUCACCAAGCAAACUCUACUUGUUACGGAAAGGAACCGACCCAAACAGACAUGUCCCAAACAGUUUCAUGUCAAUUGACCUGAGCCAUUAUCUGGACAGUACAGAUGAUGAUGGUGUUGCUGCCCAGUCUCAUUAUGUCUACAGCUGCCUUGAUGCUCGUUUCUACGACGAUGAAAUGCUAACGGUGGUCCUGCAAGGAUCAGAGGAUCAGAACAGCCGACAUGUCCUGGCUCAGGUUUCACUUGCCUCCAGCUUAAGCUUUGAGACUGAAUUCCACUGGGAGCCCAGUCUGAGGUUGGACCAGCAGCACAGUACCAUUCCUUGCCAGGGUCUGGUGUUGGGGAAUCAGUGGCGUGAACUGGAAAACAUGAAGGCCCAAUUUGUAGUCGUCAAUGGAAUCCGUAAAGUAGCCUGUGUGCUCAGUGCCAAUUUAAGGCACAUCCGUGUUUUUGAGAUGGAUGUAGAAGAUGAGGACGACGAAGGAGCUGACUCACAGAACGCCAGCGCUGACCAGGAGGGACUGGAAACUACAAUAUCUAGCCAGGGGGUGGUAGAGGAGAAUUUGGAGUCAGAAGGAGAAUCCAGAGUGCAGGAAGGAGAUAUGUUUCAAAAGUCAGAGGAACUUUUACAGUCGCAGGAAGCCUUGUGACUCAUGUGACCAUCAAUCUGUAUAAAUACCUUAAGAACUCGGCUUCUUUUUUUUUGUAAAUGUUUUUCAUAUUUAAGAAUAAAAAACUUUUCCGCACUA